AUGCUUGCGAACCACGACGCCGCUAACCAACUGAAGAAGAGGCCACGACCCCCUGUUGAACAAUCUCCUCACUGGGUAGCUCUUGUGUUCGAGCCGUCCGGCAAGAUCUUGAAGAGGUCGUCAUCGUCUAUGAAACUGUACAGGGACGAAAUGUUGAAAGAAGCGCUGCCAAAAUUCUCCGACUGUCUGCAGGGAAUCCACGGCAAUCAUAUGGAAGCACGUACUGGAUAUGCCAGCGAAGAUUGGACUAUAAUUCCUGAGGAUCAGGUAACUGAGCCAGCACAGCAUCGACCCCACAAACGCAAAAAAGGCAUUGAGGACUUUGACAUAUCCGACGCCACGUCCUCGAAAGAGAACAUUUACCAGUUUUCAGAAGAAGACCCUGAUCCCGACAGGUCUGGUUCUGUACAUUAUCGAGCCGAUGCUACCGAGGAUUGGGAAAAGUGGUUCAAUGAUGCAUUUCGCGCAGUACAACAGGUUAGCUGUCGCAUCAUUGCUAAGGAGUGGAUCAAAACGAUACAUCCUAAGAAGCAGAGCACGCACCCAUACAAUGGCAAGAAUCCACGAACAGGAGAACGAGGAGAUCCAAGCUCCACCAAGCCCCCUUAUUGGCCAAGGGACGUGAUACACAAGGAGCCAGAUCACAUCAACAAGGAAGCAAGAACAAAGCUGUUGGUUCAUCUGCUCAUGCGGACACCCCACCAGGAGAUGGUCACAACAGGUGAGGCCAAAACCGAGCGAUCGAUAACAGCCAUGGCGUUGAAAGAAUCACUUGAGCAGAAGAAGCAGGAAAGUCAGAACAAAGAUCUGAGAAAGAAGUGGUCAAUCGUCGAGCACAUCAUUGAUGUACGAACACACCUCGAGCAAUACGAGGACGAGGGCAUAUCUGGCGAUACUCUCAUCAGUGCUCCUGACUUCAGCGAUUACAGUCGUGGUUCAAAAGUGGAUGAAGACUCGGAAGAAGCCGAAGAUGCUUUGGAAAGUAAUGACCAAGAGGAGAUGCUAGAAGAGGCUAGAGACAUCUCAGCAGAGUGUUUACAGGAAGGGAUGUGUACUGAUGUCGACCAAGUCAGCAAUGUUUCACAACAACCCCAGUUUGCGCAAAGAGAGCCAGGUGUCAAGCAAGGCAAUAGAAGGUCGUCGCGACGCGAAGAAGCUCAAUCCGCGCCUGCUUGCAUGCCUAGAAAAUCACAGCACAUACAGGUACCACAGACACAACCGUCUGGUUCAACGUUUCACCCACCAUUGAUCAUGCCAGGAUGGGACAACUUCCAGAAUAGCCUUAUUGGUCUCGACCAUAGAUCUGCCCCUCCGCCUAGUCAGCACAACAACUACCCGCAGGAAGGUUUCGGUGCCGUCCACUGGAACCAUCAAGUACACCCGUGCAUGGAUAUCACUUCACAAUUUGCAGAACGAUGCAUGAUAGCUCCUGGCCAUAUGGGGAACACAAACAUGCAUGGAGGCUAUAUCCACCAAACACACUCACCAGCUUUUGUACAUCAGCCAAAUCUUACUCAUCCACCAGGGUAUCCUAUGGAGGGACAAAAUUCGGCGCCAAUGCAAGUCCGAGGGUCUAUGGGCUAUGAUGCUUUCAUGACUGAGAGGCCCACAAAUGGUGAGAUGAUGCAACGCGGCUACUUUCCGAUGUGA